AUGGAGCGCCGCGCCGCGUUGACUCUAAUCUGCCGCCUGCUGCUCUGUGCGACGGUCUGCACUGCCUACGGCGCGUCGGCCACAUCGCUGCUCCCGCAGCUCCUCCCUCACCUCGCCGGCUCUUCUGCCGCUUCUGCCGCGUCGGCCGCGUCUGCAUCUCAAGCCAGGCCCCUGAUAAUUAAGGGAAGGACAAUCAUGAAAUACGCAGUGAGGUACUCUGCAUCGUCGUACAGCAUCGUCUCUAGAAUUCUUCUUUGGAACCUCAAGGGAGGAGAUUACCCCAACGCCGGCUUUGCGACUUCCUGCUCCGUGGGAGCUCCCGCACCAACGGCUGAAGGUCUGCAACAAAACCUGCGGAGCAGAGCAGAGGCGCGUACUAAUGAGAAAAGAAGCCGCCUCCAAGAGCUCUCCCCCUUUGCAGUGAGAGAGAGCCCCUAG